UCUGUAUUUUUGGCAAUGAAGAAAAGCUACUUAAAAAAAGAAUUAUGUGGAAAAUCACAGAUGUCAGCUUUUUGGACACCUACUACAAUGUCUUCUGUUGGUUCAGGCACCAGAUCAUCAUCUCCCCUAAGCCAACAGGCUUCUCCACCUGCUCGCAAAAGUAGGGCACGGCAGAAUCAACAGCUUGAUACUACAGCAAAUGUAGAAGCUGCUUUUGAAUCUAAGUUUUAUGAAGAUGAAAAUGGUGUCAGUCCAGGUGUUCGGUACAUUACAGAAUCCCUUAUAAAAAAUCUGUCAAAACAGGAAAAUUUGGCAUAUAUAAGCUCACUGAAUCUUUCUUCACCACAGGAUGGGGACAAGAAAUUCAAGUACAUAGAAAAUUUGGAAAGAUGCUCUAAACUAGAGAGACUGAAUCUAAGUAACAAUCAAAUAGAGAAGAUUGAAAAGCUGGAUAAGCUGUUGAAGUUGCGUGAACUCAAUUUGUCUUACAACAAGAUCAGUAAGAUUGAGGGCAUGGAACAUUUACGUAACCUACAAAAGAUGAACCUUGCAGGGAACAAGAUUGAGCACAUUCCUGUGUGGGUAGGGAAGAAACUGAGAUCCCUGCGCAUCCUUAACUUGAAACAGAAUAAAGUAUCAUCACUUCAUGAAGUAGCUAAACUGAAGCCUCUACAAGAUCUGACUUCUCUGUUCCUUGCUGGUAAUCCAGUUGCCAGCCUGCCUCACUACCGCUUGUAUGUCAUAUUCCACUUGCGAGCACUGGAGAACUUGGAUGGGCAGCCAGUGACAAAUCGUGACAGACAGGAAGCUCUACAGAGGUUUGAUUUAGAAGAGAUAGAAAAAUUAGAGAGGGAGUUAGAGAACGCAAUACAAGAGAUGGAGAACCUUAAACUUAACCAGUCUAAAGUACUUGAGCAGCUUCACCAUCAAGAUGAGGUCAACAAAUCAUUAAAAGAAAAAACCUUGCAGCAGAAGCAAAGCUGUGAAGAUCUGCAAAGGGAUGUGGAUACCAAAAAUGAACUGCUAAAGCAGAAAACAAUGGAGCUGACACGAGCUUGCCAGAAGCAAUAUGAGUUGGAGCAGGAACUGGCAUUUUAUAAGAUUGAUGCAAAAUUUGAGCCACUAAACUAUUUUCCAUCAGAGGAUGUUGAGCUUGACAGCGUACCUGGUGAAAGCCCAUACAUUGGUAAGGCCAGGUACAAAAGAAACAUGUUUAUAACAGAAGGCUACAUUGCUAGUAAAGCUCAGCAAAUGGGAACUGGAAAAAUGCAAUCAGACGAAAAUGAUCUGUGUAUGAAAUCACAGCUGGAACCUCAGUUUCAAACUCUAGAUGAGCAAUUGGAGAGUAAAGAAAAAAAGAUUCAUUCAGCACAAAGGAGAUUAGAAGAGCUGCAAAAUGCAAUAGGAAAAGCAGAGCAACAAGUUUUGGAAGUAACAGGGGAACUGCAGCAACUGGAGGGUGCUCUGGCUCAGAAAAAAGUCUCACAGGCCAACAGGGAGGAUUUGGAGCAGCAGCUGAGUAAGAAGAUACAAAUACUGCAUCAGCUACGAGAGGAAGCCUUAGCACUGGAGAAACAAAUGGAGAAUCAGAAAAGAGAAAUAGGGAAGAAGCAGAAAGAGCUUGAAGACUUGAAGAGUUCUCUUGCUUCUGUAAAUUCUGAAGAUCCAAGACAUGCUCACAUGAGAGCUCAAAAAGCAAGUAAAGAACAGCAGAUUGAGGUGAUGAACAAACAGUAUAAACAGCUCGAGAUUCGCCUGGAUGAAAUGCUUUCUAGGAUUGCUAAGGAAACUGAGGAAAUCAAGGACUUGGAGCAGCAGCUCACUGAUGGUCAAAUAGCAACAAACGAAGCACUGAAAAGGGAUUUAGAAAGCAUUAUAAUUGGAUUACAGGAAUACCUGGAAGGUGUUAAGCAUCAAGCAAAACAGGCCAAUGAUGAAUGUAAGGAGUUGCAGAAGGAUAAAGAAUCUUUGCUUCAGAAAUUGGCAGAUCUAGAGGAUGAAAGAAAUAGCUUGAAAAUGGUUAUGAUGGAUGCCGAAAAUAUGAGAAAGGAAAUAGCAAUGCUUGAAGGCGCGCUUCAAGAGCAGCAAGCAAUAAAUGAAUCGCUCAGAGGAGGCCAAGGGGAGGUCAGUGCCUACGAGGCUGAACUGGAAGCCCAGCUGAGAGACAGAGACACUGAAACCAAUCGGCAAAAGGAAGAAUUGGAAAGACUGAAACAACUCAGCCAGAUGGAACUGUCAGCCCUGCAAGCUGAACUUGAGAAGGAAAGGCAAGCAUUAGAGAAUGCUCUGAGCAAAGCACAAUUAGCAGAAGAGAAGGAACAAGAAAACUAUAAGCUGCUUUCUCAGUUCAAACAACUGCAGGGAGACAACAAUCUCCUGAAACAACAGCUUAAAGAUCUUCAGAAUCAGCUAAGCCAUGCAGUGGGUAACUUGAUGCACCCUGAGGAAGUCCUGGCUCGUAUAAAUGAGCUCAAGCAAAAGCUUCGGACAGGAGCAGGAGAGAUUAAAUGUCAGAAUUCAGCUGAUGUUCUGGGGAAAAGCCUUGCAAAUCUGCAGAAAGAGUUCAAUAGCAUCCUUGCUGAUACACAGAGGGAAAAAGAGAAAGCAUGGGAAAGACAGAGGCAAUUGCAAGAGGAAAUGGUAUCUCAGCAGGAAAAACUGGAAGAUAUACAGGAGAAAUAUAGACAGGUGAAAUCUGAAAACAGGCAGAAUAAGAACAAGGUCCAUCAGUUAGAGAAUGAAAUUCAACUUUUACGUGAAAAAAUAAGGAGUAUGGAAGAAAUCCAGGGCCUGGCUGAUCAACAGCUCCAAGAGGCAGAUGAAGAAAAAGAGGCUAUUCUUGCUCAACUAGAAGACCUGGAGAAAAGGAAAAAAAUAGAAGAUGCCAGGGCACAAAUGCAAUUUGCUGAUCUGGAUAAAGAGCUGAAGGAGUUGAAGAGAGCAAUCAUCACUUCAGAUAAACUGGCGGCUGCUGAGCUGUGCAUUGCUAAAAACCAGCUGCAGGCUCUUCAUGGGACUGUUCUCAAAAUUAAUCAGGAACGAGCUGAGGAAUUUGAGGAAGCUGAAGAGUUCUGUGUUGAGGCAGCUCGUGCAACUCGGGAUCUUGCCCGAGCAGAAGCAGAAAUAGAGUUGUUACAACAGCUUCUGAAACAGAAGGAAGAACAACUUCAACACGAAAUGGGGAAAGCUGGUGAGAAGACUGCACUGAGCUCUCAGAAGUUAGAAAUUGAUGAACUGAAUGACACAGUGGAGCAACAGAAAGCAGAAAUUGAGCGUUUAAGAUGGUUGCUGGAUGACACUGGGGCAGGUAACAAGGAUGAAAUUGACAACUUACAAGAUGAAAUUGCAGCACUCAGAAAUGCACUCUCAUGCCAGAAUGGUUACGUCACCAGUAUAGCAGAUCCAGUAAAAAGAAGAGGAUACUGGUGUUAUGUGCCACCAUCACAGGCCUCAACUCCUGCCUCUCACAGCACAAAAGACUCUGGAGUUGGUUUACAGUGCCCUGGCACAUCGCCACCCAGAAAAGGGUGUAGUCAGGUCAGGAAGGAAGACUUACCCAGAUCAAGAGGGUGCUGGGUUUAUUCACCAGUCAGAAACAGGUGGUACAAAACAAAUCCUAAUAAAGCUGGAAGAGCAGAAGAAGACAGCAAAGGAAACGUGGAAGCUCAUGCUCACAAAGACCUGCCCUUUGUCCCACCGCCUGGUGCAGCCAUCUAUACUCUUCUCCCAGCUGGUGCUCCUCCACCCCAAGGAGCUGUGGCUUCCAGCCCUCCUCCUGCAGCUGCAGAUGGAGCCUCCAUUGCUCCUGGCUCUGUUCCCUAUGGCCCGCCUCCUGUGGGAGCCCAGGUUGUUUAUGGCCUUCUUCCUCCAAACUUUGCUGUCCCGCUCGUUCCUUUCGGAGGUCUUCACUGCAAUGUACCCAAGCAUCACGACUUGGAGAGUGAAGUCUCAAGGUUAGAAGACACUGUGCGUCAUUUGAGGUCUCGGAAAUACAGAGAUAAAUGGUCAGAGGCAGCUGGGCACAAAUGCAAGAACGAAAUGGAAGAAUUACGUCAGAACAUGGAAGAUCUUCUGCAUGAGAGAGAAGAGCUGGAACGCGAAGUGGCAGAGCUGCACAGAGCAGCUCAAACACGUAACAAGCGCAAGGACUUUGUUGAAGGCUAUACUGAAAACUUAAUGGCAGAACUACAGUUAGAAAAAUCUCUUAAACACCAUGAAGAUAUUGCAGAAGAAAUUGAAUGUAUAGAGAAGACUCUUCUCAAACGCCGAGCGGAGCUUAGAGAGGCAGACAGGCUUCUCACAGAAGCUGAAAUGGAACUUGAGAGCACACGGGGAAAGACUAAAGACACCAUUCAAAAGUACAAUCGUGCCAAACAGCAUUUGCUCCAUACUGAAACGGAAGCAGAGGAGCUAGAGCGAAGGGCUCAGGAAAUGGCUACUGAACUUGUGAAAGCAGAUCAGCAAUUAAGAUCAUUGCAGGCAGAUACACAGGAUUUAGAACAGCGUAAGAAGGAACAGGAAGGUGUUUUGAAGGAGAUCAACAAAGUGGUGUCUGCAAGAGACUCCGAGUUCCAGUCGUUAAACCAGAAAAUAGAAAUGCUGACUGGAAGCCUUCAGAAGCUUCAAGGAGAUAUUCAAGUUGCAGAAGGUAACGAAGAGCAUCACCUCCAAAUGCUCAGAGAAGCAGAGAACAUUCUUCAGGUCAAGAAAACUGAACUGGAAGGACUGAAAAAUCAGGUUAAUGCUCAGCAACAAGAGCUGCUGUUUGUGGAGCAGCAGCUCAGGCAAAGGAAGGAGCAGCUCCGUGCCCUUCAGGACUGUAUUUCUCAAAAGAAAGGUGACCUCAAGGAAGCUCUUCGAGACGGGGAGACUGAAGCGAAGGAGAAACAGCGCCAAAUAAAAGAAAUAAGGCUUCUACUGGAAGAUCUUAAUGCUGAGAGGAGAGAACUGGGUGUCCAAAUUGAAGAGAAGAGAGCACAGCUUUCGGUCAUAAGGAAGGAUAUUGGAAAAGAGGAGGAAAAUCUUCAAAUAAUACUUGGACAAAUCAACAAGCAUAAGAUAGAACUGAAACACGUUCUGGAAAUGUUGGAGAUUGAAAAUAAUGAACUUCAGGGUUUGAAGCUACAACAUGAUCAGAAGGUCAAUGAACUGGAGAAGACUCAGGUUGCAGUUCUAGAAGAGAAGCUGAAAUUGGAGAAUAUUCAGAGAUUAUUCCAGUGUCAGCAAGGGGAAGUGGAUUGGCAGGAGCAACAGCUUCAGAAGGACCGUCAGGAAAGUGAACACCUGGUUUCUCAGAUGCGCGCUCUGCAAAGCAAUAUUGAGUCUCUGAGUAAAGAGAAGCAAAAGCUUGAAGAGGACUGUCAGAGUUUGGAAAGGAAGCUGUCACAAACCAGAAGAGACCUGAGUGCUGCUGAAGGUGGCAUCGGAGCCGCAUCAUCCAAGGUAGAGAGAAUGGAACUGGAGAUUGAAAGCCUGCAGCAGGAGGCAGAUGUACUGAAUGAACAGAAAAAGUCACUGCGUGGAGAGAUGGCUGCUGUACAAAAAGAUCUUCAAGAAAAGAAGAACGAACUGGAGAUGCUGAAAGGAGAAUUAAGUGAGUCCAGGCAGCAGCUUCAGCUGGCAGAACAGAAUUUGAAAGAUAAUACAAAGCACCAGGAAGAGCUGCUGAAAGAGCAGGCAACCCUAAAAGAAGAUAUUCUAAAAUGUGUAAAGAAAUGUAAGGAUUGCCAAGAGAGACAGAAAAAGAGAGAGAACCAUUUGCAGCAGCUCCAGAAAGAGAUUGAAGAGAAAGAAACAAUACUGGCCAAACAAGAAGCGAUCCUUUAUAAGCUCAAGCAAAAUUCAGAACACGAAGGGAAAAAACUGGAAGAAAAUACUGCUAAACUCAAAGAACAGAAACUACUUCUGGAAAAGGAACUCAGGGAUCAGCGAGAGAAACUGGAAGAGGCAGUAGCAAAAGUAAGGCUGACAGAAGAAAACAACAGGAAGCUGGAAAAAGAAGCAUCUCAACUUGCAGCGCUUGAAGAAACUGUCAGAAAAAGCAAACAUCAGGUAUCAGAAAAAGAACUACAGGUACAACAGAAAAACAGAGAAAUUCAGUCUCUCCAAAACGAAUUGAAAGUCUCCAAGUCUGAGGUGAACCAUCUGCAGGGGCAGCUAGCAGCAGAAAGGAAAAGAGCAGAAAAACGGAUCUGCAGUCUGAAGGAAGCAAUGAAAAUGCAGAGGACACAGUUUGAAAGAGAACUGCAUGAACAAAAGCAUGCAAAUAACUGCCUGCAGAGUGAUAUAGCAGCUGCUGAACAAGUGGCACAGAGCAACCAUGAGCGAACCAAGCACCUGAUGAAAGAGCUUGGCCAGAUCCAGCAGAACUACGUGGAUCUCCAAAAUCAGGUUAAGACUCAAGAAGACCUGGAAAAGAGACAAAGGGAAAUAGAGGACACAGCAACAUUGCUUAAAUCAGAGGUUGAAGACAGUAUUAAAACAAGGUUUAAAUCUUCAAGCCCAUCUCCUCCAGAACUGGAAGAUUUGGAAGCGUUUUCUGCAGUAAAUAGAAGCAUGCAGUGUGAAUCUGAUGAUUUAGAGGAGAUGUUUUCGUUUGCUGAUGCUGACAAAAGAUUGUUCUCACUGGAAAGGAAGUUGGAUUUUUCUCAGAUCUUCAUAAUGGAUGAACAGUGGCGUGGAGAGGCUCUCCGAGAGAAACUGCAGCAUCAUGAGGAUCGGCUGAAGGCUCAGCUCUGGCACUGCAUGUCCAAGCAAGUGGAUGUACUGAUCAGAGGAAAACAACAAACACAAGGCACCCUUCACAGCCUGAAGCGACAGGUUGACGCGCUGGAUGACCUGGUCAGCAGCACUUCCUCAGACUCGCUGUUCCUAGCUGAAAGUUCAUCAGGUCUGCUGUCUCUUCGUGAUGCUCUGAAUGUAACAAAAACACAGGCUGCCCUGACAGGACACACACACUUCCCCAGCAGCUCAGCAGGCGUUCCAGCAGUGGCACAGACGUGGCAUUCCUGCUCAUGAGAAAUUCCUCAGUGGAGUGCCAGAGACAGCAGCUGAUCUGCAUGUGCUCUGGUGCUCCCUGAGGCUGUGCCAUCAUCUUCCACUCCUGAAGCCUUCUACCUCACUGCUCCACAAGCCUUUUUAAAAAGGUAUUUACCAGCAAUAACAGCUCAGUACUGUGAAGUUUCUGUAUGUCUAUAAGGGAGUUUUCUGUAUAUAUGUUAUUCCAAAAAAUAAGGAUUUAGGAGUGUCUACAACUACUGUUCCCAUUGAAAUGGGGGUAUUUCUCAGUUUACCUUUUGAGUUGUCACGUUUUCAAAUGCAUGAAUGUUAAAUAAAACUAUUUUUGAAUACUUUCU